AAACACCACCACCCCUCCCCCCUCCCCACCUCCUUCUCUCUCCUCGCCUCCACUCCCCCUCGCCGCUUUCCCCACCCAAUCCGCCCGCCGGGCCGCCUCCUCACCGCUGGGGCGGGCGAUUCCCCGGAGAUUCCGCGCGAUUCGGCGCGGAUUCGGGGCUCCUCUCGGCGUUUCCCGGCGAAUCGGCGGGGAUCGGGCUCCCGGGCUGGAGAAAUCUCCAUCUGUUUUAGUAACUCUUUGGAACAUUUUACUUGGAGCUUGAAUAACAUCACCUUCCCUGAAGUGAAAAAUAUAUGGGCUGAUUUUGGCAUUUCAUGGGAGGUUUUGAAGAUGAUGAACCACCCUCAAAACGCGCAAGAGCAUCCUCAGUAGAAUCUGCAAGUUUGCCAGAUUGUUUCUCGUUUUCGAAGUCUGCCAAUCCUUUGGGAAGUACAAUGGCUAGACCUUUGCCUUCCCAAGGGAAAGAAGUUAUGGUUGGUUCUAAGGGUGUUAUUAAGAAGGAGGAGUUUGUCAGGAUAAUUACAAAAACUCUGUAUAGUCUUGGAUAUGAAAAAAGCGGAGCAGUUCUGGAGGAAGAAUCAGGGAUAACUUUGCAUAAUCCUAUGGUGAAUCUUUUCAGAGAGCAAGUGAUUGAUGGGAAAUGGGAUAAUGCAGUGGUUACGUUGAAUAAGAUCGGCCUCCUGGAUGAGAACAUUGUGAAAUCUGCUGCAUUUUUGAUAUUGGAACAAAAAUUCUUUGAACUUCUGAGAAACGACAAUGUCAUGGGUGCUAUGAAGACUUUACGAAGUGAAAUCACACCCCUUGGUGUUAAUAGGAAAAGAGUGCACGAACUAUCAAGUUGUAUGAUUUCUUGUUCUCCACAACAGUUGUUCCUUGGUUUCUCAAAGCUUGGCAUUGAUUCUUCUACUUCACGGUCAAAGCUCCUAGAGGAAUUGGAAAAGGUGCUUCCUCCAAAUGUUAUGGUACCAGAGAGGAGGUUAGAGAAUUUAGUUGAGCAAGCACUUACUGUGCAACGAGAUGCUUGCUAUUUCCAUAAUUCUAUAGAUGGGUUGUCACUCUACAUUGAUCAUCACUGUGGAAAAGAUCAGAUACCAUCUCGCGCACUACAGGUUUUGCGUGCGCAUCGUGAUGAGGUGUGGUUUAUCCAAUUUUCAAACAAUGGAAAGUAUUUAGCCUCAGCAUCAAAUGAUAAAUCCGCAAUGAUAUGGGAGGUCGAUGAAGAUGGAGAGCUAUUACUGAAGCACACAUUGAAUGGUCAUGAGAAGUCAGUGAUGAUGGUUGCAUGGAGCCCUGAUGAUUGUCAGCUUCUCACAUGUGGAGUGGAAGAAACCAUCCGGCGCUGGGAUGUUGAAUCUGGCAAAUGUCUUCAUGUUUAUGAAAAACCUGGCAUUGGUUUUAUAUCAUGUGCUUGGUUUCCAGAUGGAAAGCAAAUAUUGUCUGGUCUAACUGAUCAACACUUCUGCAUUUGGGAUUUAGAUGGUAAGGAAGUAGAUUGCUGGAAAGGGCAGAGAUCAACAAAAACGCCUGAUUUUGUUGUAGGAAAAGAUGGAAAGCUUAUAAUAAGCAUGAAUGGGGAGAAAACAAUUCUUCUAUUUGAUAGGGAGACAAAGCAGGAGAGGCUAAUUGAAGAGGAUCAUACAAUUACUUCAUUUUCUCUAUCGGAAGAUGGCGAUUGCUUGCUUGUAAAUCUCGUAAAUGAGGUGAUUCAUUUGUGGAACAUACGAAAUGGUCCAAUUCGAGUCAAUCGGUACAGUGGCCAUAAGCGCAACCGGUUUGUGAUAAGGUCUUGUUUUGGCGGGUCUGAGCAGGCUUUCAUUGCUAGUGGGAGUGAAGAUUCACAGGUCUACAUAUGGCAUAGAGCCACCGGGGAUCUCAUCGAGACUCUGGCUGGUCACUCGGGCACAGUCAACUGUGUAAGCUGGAAUCCUGCAAAUCCCCACAUGCUCGCAUCGGCGAGCGACGAUCACACCAUUCGUAUAUGGGGGGCAAAGAAGGCCGGUCUGAAGCGCAAGGAUGUCGGGAGCAGCAGCUGCAGCAGCAAUGGGAUCCACGCGAAUGGCAACACCCAUGGCAACGGUUUCAUUCACCAGUGCAAUGGGAACAGCACCAAAUGAUACUCGCCAAGGCAAUGUAUCCCCAUGGAUGGUUGACUGGCAUCUGUAAAUCCCCCUUUCCUUUACUUUGCUCCAGGAAGAAGAAUCGCGGCCUCCAUAGUAAAGAAAACGGAAGAAAAAAACCAAAAAAAAAAACAAAGCUGCAGCACAAAGUGUGGGGAAACCAGCUGGGUUUCGGGCGCCAUCUUUCCCUUGUUCCAUCAUGACUGUUGUCACAUUUAUUUCUUAAUUCAAGCUGGGAUAGAAUUAUGAUAUUAAUUUGCAUCUUCGAUCUCUUGAUUUA